AUGGAGAAGGAGAUCGUCAUUCUCUCUCGAGUUGUCGCGAAUCACCUCUUCCUUGGCCAGUUCGAAGCGCUCCGCGCGUCGCUCCUCAGCCUCCGGAAGCGGAAUCCGGAGCUUGCCCUAGCAAUUCUCCGGGCCGUCGUCUCGCAAGGUGGAAGGAUCGACGGUGUCCUUUGGUCGAGCACCUGUAGUUCUCCUUCGCAACUCGCAUGGCUUUCCACCCUAGAGCUGAUCAAAUUCCACCAGUCGGCCUCGACAUGGAGAUUCGAUCCCGAGAUUCUUGGCGUCAAGGUUGAGUUCCUUCUCUUGAUCCAACUCCUCUCAUCUAAAGUCUCAGAAAUCUUGAAGAACCGAUCUCAGGAUCCGGAUGUUGACGAGAAAGGGGAAACCACUGAUGUAAAUAAAGACCCCGUACAGAUAUUGAACAAGAUAUUAGGUUUUGGUGUUUGGAGAUUGAAGGGCGAUGCAGAGCGUGAUGUCGAGGUUCUUCAUGAGGGUUCUUCGGUGUCCGAGGAUGAAUUGAGGGGUCUGUGGAGGAUUUUUCUCGAUAACGCAGAGGUUCUUGAUGCGCUGUGUGUGAACAUUCAGAGGCAAGCCCGCCCAUCCCAACCCUGUGAAUCAGAAUUGGCGAUCAGUAUCAGAACUGAAGCCAUGGGGAGCUUAAGUUCGACUGUUGAGGAGUUGGAGGUUCUUGGUCGGAUACAGCAGAGUGUUCAGAUGGCACAUUUGGAUGCUCUGACGGAAGCCGCAGACAGAGAUGAUUGGGACGGAGCCUUUUCUCACCUCCGGUUUCUUCAUCAAGAUUUUGGAGUUGAGGAGAUCGAGUAUAAGAUGACGAUGCAAGUUCUCAUCAAGAAGGCUUGGUCUCAAAAUACUUAUUAUGGAGAAACUUGGAUGGAUGCACGAAAUAGAAUGAUGUUGAUGUAUGCUGAAGCUCUUUCAUCCAGUUGCAUACAGCUUGUGCAGAUGAUUCAGGUCAUUCAGGAUGAAGUGUUUUCUCACGAAAUUGAACAGCACAGAGUUUCUGAUUCUGAUGGGAUCCCUCUGCCUCUUAAGAAGUAUCUGACAACAUUAGCCCUGGACAAUGCUAGUAAUUUAGAAGACAAAACUGCUUCAAGCAUUGCAGUCAGAUCUUGCAUGAGAGACCUGUACCACUAUGCACGAAUAUCUGGAACACAUGUCCUGGAAUGUAUUAUGGAUACAGCUUUGUCUGCUAUUAGGAGGGAACAACUUCAAGAGGCUAGUGAUAUUCUUUCACUGUUCCCCCUUCUUCAGCCGCUGGUAGCUGUCUUAGGGUGGGAUCUGUUGUCUGGUAAGACAGCAGGAAGAAGAAAGUUGAUGAAGCUGUUGUGGACAAGUAGGUCACAGGUCCUAAGGCUGGAAGAAUUUCCCCUUUAUGGGAAGCAAUCUGAUGAGAGAUCAUGUGUGGAGUACCUUUGUGACCUCUUAUGCUUUCACCUGGAUCUUUCUUUCUUUGUUGCUUGUGUGAAUUCUGGCCGGUCCUGGAAUCUGAAGAACUCAUUGCUUUUUUCUCAAAAUAAGCAAGCUGUAGAUGAACAUGAGCCUGAAGUUUUAGAACCUUUUGUAGAGAACUUCAUACUCGAGAGACUAGCUGUUCAAACUCCUAUGAGGGUCUUGUUCGACGUAGUUCCUGGGAUAAAAUUUCAAGAUGCAAUCGAGCUUAUUGGCAUGCAGCCUAUUGCUUCAACAUCUGCUGCCUGGAAGAGAAUGCAAGAUAUUGAACUUAUGCACAUGCGGUAUGCUCUUGAGUCGGCUGUCUUUGCUCUAGGAUCCAUGGAGCGAAGUGUCGGCAGUGAACUUGACAACCAAUCUCGUAUAGCUCUGUCAUACUUGAAAGACAUGCAAACUCAUAUGGAAUCUAUCAGUAAUGCUCCUCGCAAGAUAUUCAUGGUUAGCAUUGUAACGCUACUAUUGCUGUUGGAUGAAAUAUCUGUCGAUUUGACACAAUCUGCCUCAUCCCAAAGCUCCUCCAUCUCUUGGGAGCAGCUUGAUCAUAGUACUUCAUGUGAAGGUGGAAACCAGAUGGUGGUAGCUUUUACUGAGCUGCUACUUGCUAUAUUGCACCGCAAUCUGCCAGAAAUUGGCCCUGAAGUAGAGCACAUGUUGAAUAGUGGUCUGGCAACUGCAGGAAGACAGGCUUUAGAAUGGAGACUAUCUAACGCUAAACAUUUUAUUGAAGACUGGGAAUGGCGCUUGUCCAUUUUGCAGCGCCUUCAACCUUUAUCUGGACAACAAUGGAGUUGGAAGGAGGCCUUGGUUAUUUUACGUGCUGCUCCUUCCAAAUUGUUAAAUCUUUGCAUGCAAAGGGCAAAGUAUGACAUAGGGGAAGAAGCAGUUAACCGAUUUUCCUUGCCUCCAGAAGAUAAAGCAGCUCUAGAACUUGCUGAAUGGGUUGCUGGUGCUUUCAGAAGAGCAUCGGUUGAGGAUGCAGUAUCCCGUGUUGCAGAGGGAACUCCAAAUGCUGCCCUGGAGUUAGAUAUCUCAUCCUUCCGUAGUCAAUUAGGUCCUUUAGGUGCAAUUCUUCUUUGCAUUGAUGUUGCAGCAACUUCUGCUAGGUCUGUGGAUAUGUGCAAAUUGCUUCUUGAUCAGGCUAGGAGUUUGUUAUCUGAGAUAUUUCCAGGUAGCUCCCCCAAGAUGGGUUCUGUUUAUUGGGAUCAGAUUCAAGAAGUUACAAUUAUUUCUGUAACAAGACGUGUUCUUCAAUGCCUGCAUGAUCUCUUAGAACAGGAAAAAUCUCCAACCCUUCAAGAAAUACUUGCAGGAGAUAUGACUACAUCUCUGUCAAAUGAACCUAACAGACAAGGACAACGGCAACGUGCUCUUGUAAUUUUACAACAGAUGAUUGAUGAUGCUCAUAAAGGAAAGCGCCAGUUCUUGAGUGGUAAGCUUCAUAAUCUUGCAAGAGCUGUUGCUGAUGAAGAUGCAGACAGUAAUUAUUUAAAAGUUGAAGGCUUCUAUUAUGAUAAAAAAACUCUCUUGAUUUCUGAGAAGGGUGCAGUCCUAGGGCUUGGACUCAAAGUUUUCAAACCAGCAUCAAAAGGUUUGGCAACUGCUGAAGGUAGUGCUGAGAUUGCUGGUUAUGAUAUGAAGGAUUCUGGGAAAAUUUUCAGUCCUGUACCUUCCAAGCCAUCUACAUAUCUUUCAUCCUUUAUAAUCUACAUCGCAACCAUUGGUGACAUAGUUGAUGGAACUGACACAACUCAUGACUUCAACUUCUUCUCACUGGUAUAUGAAUGGCCAAAAGAUCUUCUUACUCGUCUUGUCUUUGAGAGGGGAAGCACUGAUGCAGCUGGAAAGGUAGCUGAUAUUAUGGGUGUAGAUUUCGUGCAUGAAAUUAUAUCAGCUUGUGUACCACCAGUUUUUCCUCCACGAUCUGGUCAUGGUUGGGCUUGCAUACCAGUUUUACCUACUUCUCCUCAAAUGAGUUUGGAGAACAAAGUCACCUUUGCUAAGGCCAGUUCAUAUGGUUCAAUCCCAGCGGCACAUGCAAAUCCUCUUUACCCUCUUCAGCUGAAUAUAGUGAAGCACCUGGCUAAACUUUCACCAGUAAGGGCAGUUUUGGCAUGUGUUUUUGGUAGUAGCAUAUUAUCUACUGCUAGUGAAUCACCUGCUUCUAAUUCUUUAAAUGAUGCAUGGGUGCAACCACCUGAUGCCGAGAGAUUGUUCUAUGAGUUUGCUCUUGAUCAGUCAGAGAGAUUUCCAACACUGAACCGAUGGAUACAGAUGCAGUCAAACCUUCACAGAGUAUCUGAGUCUGCAAUAGCUGCUAAAAGCGAUGCCGAGAUUCCUGCAGCUAAGCCUGAUGGAAAAGUCCCUUUCAAGCGAUUACGUGACCCUGAAAGUGAUACUGAAUCUGAAGUUGAUGACACAGUUGCUAGUGGCCAAAUUACUCCAACCAUGUCAGAAUUUAAAAUGCAAGGCCAUCUAGUUUCUGACUCCAUGCGAGAUUCCCCAUUAAAUGACAAUGUUGAAGCUGACCCUACAGUUUUUCUUUCGUUUGAUUGGGAGAAUGAAGGACCAUAUGAAAAAGCUGUUGAGAGGUUAAUUGAUGAAGGGAAACUAAUGGAUGCUCUUGCCCUAUCGGAUCGCUGCUUACGUGAUGGAGCAUCUGAUCGGUUACUUCGGUUACUUAUCGAACAUGGAGAGGAGAAUAGUCCAGUCAGUGGACAACCCUAUGGUUAUGGUCCCCGCAAUUUUGGAAGCACCACUUGGCAGUAUUGUUUGCGGCUAAAAGAUAAGCAGCUUGCAGCGAGACUUGCUCUUAAGUAUCUGCACAGGUGGGAGUUAGAUGCUGCAAUGGAUGUUCUCACCAUGUGCACUUGCCACUUGCCUCAAAGUGAUCCAGUUCGGAAUGAGGUUUUGCAAAUGAGAAAAGCUUUGCAGAGAUACAGUCAUAUACUGUCCGCUGAUGACCAUUAUAGUAGUUGGCAAGAGGUUGAAGCUGAUUGCAAGGAAGACCCUGAAGGCCUAGCGCUUAGACUAGCUGGAAAAGGAGCUGUUUCUGCUGCUUUGGAAGUUGCUGAAAGUGCAUCCUUAUCUAUUGAUCUGCGGAGAGAACUGCAGGGUCGACAGCUUGUUAAGCUGCUUACCACAGACCCACUUAGUGGUGGUGGGCCGGCAGAGGCUUCACGAUUUCUUUCUUCAUUACGUGAUUCUGAUGAUGCGCUACCUGUUGCUAUUGGGGCAAUGCAGCUGUUACCUGAUUUACGUUCAAAGCAACUUCUUGUGCACUUCUUUCUCAAACGGGGAGUUGGAAAUCUUUCAGAUUCUGAGGUUACUCGGCUUAACUCAUGGGCAUUGGGCCUACGUGUUUUAGCUUUAUUGCCAUUGCCCUCACAGCAACGAUGUUCUGCUCUGCAUGAAUAUCCUCAUUUGAUUCUUGAAGUUCUUUUGAUGAUGAAGCAGUUGCAAUCUGCUUCUUUGAUUCUAAAAGAAUUUCCAUCCUUGAGAGAUGACAAUCUUAUACUUGCAUAUGCUGCCAAAGCUAUUGCUGUUAAUGUUAGUUCUGCUCUGAGAGAACCUCGCAUAUCUGUCUCUGUAUCCAGAUCGAAACAAAAAACUAGAUCGGGCAUGUCAUCGAAGUCAAACUUUGCACAAAGCAUAGGUAACUUGCAAAGAGAAGCUCGCAGAGCAUUUUCAUGGACUCCUCGUGAUACCGGAGUCAAGACUGCACCAAAAGAUGUCUAUCGAAAAAGAAAGAGUUCAGGACUGAUGCCAUCUGAAAAAGUUACUUGGGAAACAAUGGCUGGUAUCCAGGAAGAGCGUGUUUCAGCAUACACUGCUGAUGGGCAAGAACGACUUCCAUUUGUUUCUGUUGCUGAGGAAUGGGUACUCUCUGGAGAUCCAAAUAAAGAUAAUGCAGUUCGCUCGUCUCAUAAAUACGAAACUUCUCCUGAUAUAACACUUUUCAAGGCACUGCUUUCAUUAUGUUCUGACGAGUUAGUCUCUGCCAAAGGUGCUAUGGAAUUGUGUGUUAAUCAGAUGAAGAAUGUGUUAGGCUCCCAACAUAUGCCUCUGAAUGCAUCUAUGGAAACUAUAGGUCGAGCAUAUCAUGCAACAGAAACUUAUGUGCAGGCAUUGGCUUAUGCAAAGAGUCAGUUGAGAAAACUUGCUGGGACCAGUGAUUUGUCAAGCAAUUCCGAGAGAACAAAGGAUGCAGAUGAUGCAUCUGCAGAAAGUGGCAGCUCUAGUAUUAGUAGUCAGUAUCCAGAUGAACCGUCAGAACUUCUGGCACAAGCAGACACGUGGCUUGGACGUGCAGAGCUUCUUCAGAGUCUACUGGGAUCAGGAAUUAUUGCUUCUCUUGAUGAUAUUGCUGAUAAAGAAUCUUCAGCCUGUCUACGUGACAGACUAAUUUUAGAUGAACGGUACAGCAUGGCUGUAUAUACUAGUAAAAAGUGCAAGAUUGAUGCUUUCCCUGUUUGGAAUGCAUGGGGUCAUGCCUUGAUUCGGAUGGAACACUAUGCUCAAGCUCGUGUCAAAUUCAAGCAAGCUCUUCAAUUACAUAAAGGUGAUCCCACACCAGUAAUUCUUGAGAUUAUUAAUACAGUGGAAGGAGGUCCUCCAGUGGAUGUUUCGGCUGUCCGUUCCUUGUAUGAACACUUGGCAAAAAGUGCACCAGCAAUCUUAGAUGAUUCUCUUUCUGCUGAUGCCUACCUUAAUAUUCUAUACAUUCCAUCGACAUUUCCCCGUUCUGAGAGAUCCAGACAGUCUCAAGAAGCUGCAAAUAAGUCUGUAUCAUCUGGUCCAGAGUUUGAAGAUGGUCCCCGCAGCAACCUUGACAAUAUUCGAUAUGUGGAAUGUAUUCACUAUUUACAAGAAUAUGCUCGUCCCCAAAUGCUUGCUUUCAUGUUUAGGCAUGGUCAUUAUGUUGAUGCCUGCUUGCUUUUCUUUCCAUCACACUCUGUACCUUCACCUCCUCAGCCAUCAUCAUAUGCAGCAACACCUCCUUUGGCAUCCUCUCAACGACCUGAUCCUUUGGCAACUGACUAUGGGACUAUCGAUGACUUAUGUGACCUAUGUAUUGGUUAUGGUGCUAUGGCUGUUUUGGAGGACAUAAUAUCAGCAAGAAUUGCAUCAGCAGCAUCACAAGACAUAACAGUGAGCCAGUACAUAGUUGCUGCUCUUGCUCGUAUUUGCAGCUACUGUGAAACACAUCGCCAUUUUAAUUAUCUUUAUAAGUUUCUGGUUAUCAAGGGGGACCAUGUUGCAGCUGGUCUUUGCUGUAUUCAACUGUUUAUGAACUCCUCUUCCCAAGAGGAAGCAAUCAAACAUUUGGAGCACGCCAAGAAUCAUUUUGAAGAAGGAUUAUCAGCACGGCACAAGGUAGGUGAGGCUCCUAAACUUGCAUCCAAGACUGUUCGCGGAAAGACUGCCUCCCAAAAACUUACUGAAGAGGGGCUUGUCAAGUUCUCGGCACGGGUAGCUAUUCAGGUGGAAGUAGUGAAAUCCCUCAAUGAUGCAGAAGGACCUCAGUGGAAGCAUUCCCUCUUUGGAAAUCCAAGUGACCCUGAAACUUUCAGGAGAAGAUGUGUGGUUGCUGAAACUCUUGCUGAAAAGCAUUUUGACCUGGCUUUCCAAGUGAUUUAUGAGUUUAACCUUCCAGCUGUUCAUAUUUAUGCUGCCGUAGCAGCAUCCCUGGCAGAUAGAAAGAAGGGUGGUCAGUUAACAGAGUUCUUGAAGAAUAUAAAAGGCACAAUAGAUGAUGAUGAUUGGGACCAGGUGUUAGGUGCUGCCAUCAAUGUAUAUGCAAAUAAACACAAAGAAAGGCCUGAUCGUCUUAUUGACAUGUUAGUCAGCAGCCACAGGAAAGUCUUGGCCUGCGUGGUCUGUGGUCGUCUAAAGAGUGCUUUCCAGAUAGCAUCCCGAAGUGGAAGUGUGGCUGAUGUUCAAUAUGUGGCACAUCAGGCUUUGCAUGCAAAUGCACUACCUGUCCUGGACAUGUGCAAGCAAUGGUUGGCUCAGUACAUGUAAUUUGCUUACUUUUGUAAAGAUACAAGGGACAGAAAAAUAAAAUGUUGCAGAUAAAUUAUAUAUGUAUAUAUUGGUUGUAAAGAGAUAGCGUCUGCAAUAAAAUGGUUCCUUUAUGAUGAGAA